AUGCCUUUAGACCUGGUUCCUCAGCGAGCUUUCGAAUCCCUAAUGGAGUUUCGGACAGCCCAGCCAAGGAAGGUUUCAGCUCCUGUCAGACCUCGGAUCAGGUGGACUCCUCCUCCUGAGGAUUUCUACAAAAUUAACUUUGAUGCAGCUGUAUUCCAGGAAGAUAAUAGAGCAGUUAUUGGUGUGAUCGUCCGUGAUAGCAAUGGCUUGGUAAUGGCUUCCCUUUCUCAGAAUAUUCCUCUCCAAAAUUCUGUUGCAGAACUAGAGUCUUUGGCGGCAUGUAGAGCUCUUGAGUUUGCUUUGGAGCUCGGGUUGGAUAAGGGAAUUCUGGAAGGAGACUCGUUGACUGUAAUGGCUGCUCUUAAGGAUGACUCAGCAUCUCUGGCUUCUUUUGGGCUUCUAGUUCGUGACGCUCAAAGUUUGGCAGGCUUAUUUAAUUGUAUUCGCUUUUUACAUGUUGGUAGGGAUGGUAAUGUUGUAGCUCACAACCUAGCUAGACAUGCACGUCAUGUCAUUGGUUUUUCUUUUUGGAUGGAAGAUGUUCCUAUCCAUACUCUUGUUGCUUAUCAAGCGGAUUUGCCUUUUACCUAA